ACCUACCUGAAGCUUUCUCGUUUGUUUUCUUAUCUCGUGCUCAAUUCGUUCUACUUUCUUUUUAAACCAUAACAUUCCGAAUGUUUACAUGCUAAUGUGGUUAACCUUAUCCGAAAAAAAUCAAUUUUAGUUGCUUGUGCUUCCAAAAGGACAUUACCUAACCUUAAAUCUAAUAACCUUAUACUUAUACAUUCAUGGUUUUGCAAUGAUAUCAUUCCAUAUCAUCGUUAGAUAAUUUCAAAUGGAAAAUUGAUGGUUCUGACACAUAUAUGGACCAAUAACGGUCCAAAUUCCAAUACGGAUCGUAGUUGGUUUGAAUAUCGGGGUCAGCGGGGCGGUAUGUCCUUAGAUGAAAAAAAAAAUAGUGGGCGGGAUUUUUGACACAUAUCCGGACCAAUACUGGUCCUUAUAUCUACAUAAAGAUAUAUACGGACCGAUAUCGGUCCGUAUAUACAUGUGAGGGUUGAGAGCUUAAGGUUUAGUCUUACAUAUAUACGGACUGAUGUCGGUUCGUAUAUCUUCUACAUAUAUAUACGGACUGGUUUUGGUCCGAAUAUAACCAACCAACUGAGUUCUAAGUGCAUUGACAAUUAAAAUUUCAAUUUACGGACCGUGAACAGUCCGUAAAUUUUGCCUUAAUAAAAUUUCAUGGAAAAUUAAAAUUUUCAAGGUUAGCGCUUAAUUAUUUACAGACCGAUUUCAGUCCGCAUAUGUUUGUCGCCAAACUUCCCCCCAAAUUAAAAUUUUUUGAGUGAGCUGAGUAAUUAAUUAUUUUCGGACCGAUUUUGGUCUGUAAAUUUGUACCGCCAAAAUUUUCACCAAAAAAUUGAAGCUCUCCAUUGGCGGUUUAUCUGGCGCUAUUUGUUAUAUUCAGAUCGAUUUCAGUCCGAAUAAAACCUGUAUAUUACCAGCUUCUUCCCAAUCCUUUCCUCAUUUUUCUAAUUUCUCUUCUUCUUCUCUUUUUUUUUCUUCUUCAUCUCCCCCGUUUCUGGGUUUUCUUACUUUAUUUUUUCCUCUUCUUUCUCAUUUCCUCUCUUUUUUCUCUACUCCUUUUUUUUUUCUUUUUUAUUUAGUCUUCCCCUAUCUUCCCUCACUUCUUUCUCUACACUUCUUAUUAUUCUUCACCUUUUCUUUCCCUUUCAUUUUUCUGUCUUCACCUUUUCUUUCCCUUUCAUUUUCCUUUCAUUUUUCUGUCUUCACCUUUUCUUUCCCUUUCAUUUUUUUGUCUUCACCGUUUCUUUCCCUUUCAUUUUUUUGUCUUCUACCUUUUUUUUUUUAUUCCACUCUCCAUUUUUUUUUACUUCCAUAACAUAUUAUAAAGUUUUUUAAAGGUU